AUGCUCGAGUCGGUCAGGAGUGGCAAGAUUGACAUGUCCUCGGUCUUGCUGUCGUUAGACGAGCUUGUCGCUCUCAAGCUCAACAUGUAUUCAUUGAAGCCUGCCUUGCACAGAGUUGAGAAGACGGUCUCCCGGAACGUCGCUGACGAUCAGGACGAUGUGGACAUGGGUCAGGAUUACGCGGUGGGAAAGAUGAAGAUGCGCAUCAUGUGA